GGCAGACAGAAAGGAUCAUCGCUGCAAUUAUGAAUUGCAAGAACCUUUUUGGACUUGUCAUUUUUAUGACAUUACUAGAUUAUCAAUUAGAGGCAGCGUUUUAUAAGGAUUGCGUUUUAUAUGUCAGGAAAUGUAAGGCUGAAGGACAUCGAUGUUUCAAAAAUUGGUGUACUAUUCCAAAGGGAGCGAAUGUGAAUUCAAAUUGUUGGAAGCAAUGUAUUGGAAAAGCAGCAAGAUCCAAGAUGGAAUUUAAAACAUGUAUAGCAAAAUGUAGUAAAAGGCCAGAUGUUUGCCCGCCUACAUCUGAUCCCGAGUACGGAGGCAGUCCAGCACGCGUAUGUUGUAUCAACAGUACCUGGUAUAGAACCCAAGGUGGACAAGCUUAUUCGAGUCAGAAUAUCCCCGAUGGAGAAAAUGUAGCGCACCUGUGUCCCAAAGGUCAAGUCUACAAAGUGUUCAAUCACAACAAAUGCGGCUGUAGUGAUGAAUCGGAUUCUGAGAUUUGUACCUGGGGUCCAUGGAGUAAUGAAACGCUGUGUACCUCUUGUGAUCAAUCCUGCUCUCAGUUCUGUCUUAGAUACAGAAAAAAGCAUCCUCCACAAAACAAUGGAAACGACUGUGUUGGUCCAAGUAUGGAAUACGCCAUUAGGAAAUGCAUCGGAGGAGAUUGUGUGAACCACUCUAGCUUGUAUUUACAGGCAAAUUCUACAACUCCAAAACACGAAAAAGAUGAUCAAAAGAAUGACGAGAGAAUAUCAUUAAAACCUAAACGAUGUUGGGGAUAUGGUGACGUCCAUCAUUCCACAUUUGAUGGCCUGAAGUACGACUUCCAAGGUGUCUGUAAAUACACACUAGUAGAAGACAUUACUCAGGGAUUUUUCAGGGUCUUUGUGAAAAAUCGCAAGUGGAAACUCACAGGGACAUCUGUAACACAAUACGUAGAAAUUCACAUUGCAGGGGAUGUAGUGAUACUUGAUGGCCCAGGACUGAAAAGAAUUAAAGUAAAUGGAAACCACAUCAAACAAAGUUCCCUUCCCUAUAAUAACGCACGAUGGUACACUGCCAAUGUCGUAAGCAACAGUCUCACGUUUGAGAGUACGCCACUCAGUCUAAGUAUAAAGUUCAUCGUCCAUCCUUAUAGCAAUCGACCUGCGGCCCCUGGUUAUGGUGACGUAUGGGUUACAUUGGGAAGACAGUGGAUGCAAAAGGUGGAUGGCCUUUGCAAGAAUUAUGAUGACAUUAUUCAAAAUGACUGGAAGGAUAAAAAUGGGAAUUACUUGGCAGAGAAGGACACCAACAAGGAAUCAUUACUUGGUACCAGUUACAAAGUCAACGACCCACAGGAACCAAGAUGUGUCGACAUCGUAAGGACCAAGACUCUUCCCUCUACUCCAAUUAUUAUGGCCGCUGCAUCAAAGUUCUGUCGCAGCAUUAUCAUGCGAAGUGGAUUUUUCAAACAAGUCGUUGAUAGGAUGACCGUAGAAGAGAUUAAAACUUGGGAAGCCAACUGUAAGAUGGACUUAAACGCAGAGCCGAAGGCAAGGUGCGACAUUCUCGAAGCGUUUGUCAUCACAUACAGGAACAAUGCUCGGGACAUCAUAGGUUGGCGGGAGAAUUUCAACUGCACAAUUGAGUGUG